UCCGUUGUGUUUUUUGCGUUAUUGUUUUUACGUAUUCCGACUUUCGAUUCUCACAUUCGCAGCUAUUGUUGUCGUCAUCCUCUUUACAAAAGGUUUUCUUUCUUUUAUUGGGAGAUUGGCUCUGUAUGAGCUCUGCGUUGGAUUCAGAUUCAUAUAAAGUGCCCUUUGGUUGAGCGCAUGUGCCCCUCCCCCCUCGCCUUCCCUUUCACGCCUCUACACCGCUAGAUAUAUUUUCCCUCGCUUAUUUUUCUGCUCCAAAAGGAAACGCAACCAUAAAGUUUGAUUUUUUCUUUUCUUUUCUUCUUUACAUUUUCGAGAAUCCAUUGCGAGUGGUUCUGUGGAACCCAUGAUUCUGUAGUGGGUUCAUCUCCGUCGCACGGGAGAGGGAAUGGGGAGCUCUGUUCUUCUUACCCAGAGCUGUGUUUGUUGAUUGUAAUGGUGGAGGGUGGGUUUGUGGGAAGAACAAUUUGGGCAUUUGUUAAAUGUUUGUAUUCGGAUUGUUGUUUCAACAGGCUAUUGUUUUGGGAUUCAGGGAAUGCCCAGACCAAGCAGAAUGAAUAACAGUAACAGUCUCCAAAGUUUCAUGCUCCUUGAUGAUCAGAAUGAUUCCUAUUAAUUUUCACAGGCUUCUUGGAGUCAAUAUGAUUUCUGUGAAUAAAAAAUGCAAUCAUUGAUCUGGAUUUUUGAGGGGAAGAAGAAAAAACUAUGUAUGUUGAUUAGAGUUAGCUGAAAGGGAGGGAUUUUCUUCGAUCAAGUCCGAUGGAGGGACCGGUUUUGCCACCAAGCGUUCCCCGGAAGAAGAUGACAAAACAGUUAACUGGCAAACGUGAUGAUAAUCCACUGCAUUCUGCGGCGAGAGCCGGAAAUCUUGGUGUGGUGACAGAAAUCCUCUCAGGAGCUGGGGAUGCAGAAUUGACGGAGUUAAUGUCAAAGCAAAAUCAAUCUGGUGAAACUGCCCUUUAUGUUGCAGCUGAAUAUGGAUAUGUUGAUGUGGUAAAGGAGAUGGUUAAGUACUAUGAUCUUGUCACAGCAAGCAUCAAAGCAAGAAAUGGAUUUGAUGCAUUCCACAUCGCUGCCAAACAAGGGGAUUUGGAGGUAUUGAUAGUCCUUAUGGAGGCUCAUCCGGAUCUUUCAAUGACUGCUGAUGCUUCGAACACAACGGCUUUGCACACGGCUGCGACGCAAGGACAUAUUGAGAUCGUGAAUCUUUUGUUGGAUGCCGGAAGCAGCCUGGCUGCUAUUGCAAGAAGUAAUGGGAAAACAGCCUUGCAUUCUGCAGCAAGAAAUGGCCAUUUGGAGGUUGUGAGAACACUUCUAGGCAAGGAGCCUGGGAUUGCAACACGAACUGACAAGAAGGGGCAGACGGCACUUCACAUGGCUGUGAAGGGACAAAAUCUUGAGGUAGUAGAAGAGCUAAUUAAAGCAGCUCCUUUGUCAGUAAACAUGGUUGAUACCAAGGAAAAUACGGCAUUGCAUAUAGCAACACGAAAAGGCAGAGCUCAGAUUGUUUUGAUGCUACUUGGACACAGUGAAACUGACACAAAAGCUGUCAACAGAGCGGGCGAAACUGCACUUGACACUGCUGAGAAAACUGGGAACACCCAAGUCGCAGCCAUCCUCCUGGAACAUGGGGUUCAGAGUGCAAAGGCCCUCAAACCACAAGCAACAAGCACAGCCCGAGAGCUGAAACAAACUGUGAGUGACAUCAAACAUGAAGUCCACUACCAGCUGGAACACACCCGCCAAACUAGAAGACGUGUACAGGGCAUUGCAAAACGCCUCCACAAAAUGCACGCAGAAGGCCUUAAUAAUGCAAUCAAUUCCACCACAGUUGUUGCUGUUCUCAUUGCCACUGUUGCCUUUGCAGCCAUUUUCACUGUCCCAGGGCAAUACGUUGACGACCCAACCGACAUUCCUCCCGGGCUCUCUCUCGGAGAAGCUAAUAUUGCUCCAAAAGCCCCAUUUCUGAUUUUCUUCAUCUUUGAUUCCAUUGCCCUCUUCAUUUCUCUGGCUGUUGUGGUGGUGCAAACCUCUGUUGUGGUAAUAGAGAGCAAGGCAAAGAAGCAAAUGAUGGCAAUCAUUAACAAGCUAAUGUGGCUAGCGUGUGUGCUUGUUUCGGUGGCCUUCCUGGCACUAUCUUUCAUUGUGGUGGGUGAACGUGAGAAAUGGCUGGCAAUUGGAGUGACAAUUAUUGGAACAACAAUAAUGGCUACUACUUUGGGUACAAUGUGCUAUUGGGUAAUUAGGCAUCGGAUUGAGGCCUCAAACAUGAGGAGCAUUCGGCGAUCGUCAUUGGGCAGCAGGUCGCGGUCCUGGUCAAUGUCAGUAAUGUCUGAUUCCGAGAUUCUAAACAAAAUGUAUGCUAUUUAAAAACCCUCUACCCCAGAUUACUUUUGUCUGCAUUUGUCAUACCAGAUCUCUAAUGCCCUUUAAAUUGCCUCCCAUAUGUAUAUCACUUUCUCCGUUUUCAUUUUCUAUUAAAGAUUUGGUCAGCACCAAACAGUUUAGUUCAUGUUUAUGAUCACACGUAGAGGGAAACAGUGUAGUUCAUGUUUAUGAUCAUACAUAGAGGGAAACCAUUUCAUGUA